AUGCCUCGCCAACCCUUAGUCGACUCACCUGAUCUUCCUCCCUAUGGUCAGCGGAGCUCAGAGCGCCGAAAAGAACAGAACAGGAUCGCUCAGAGGCAGCUGCGUGAACGACGGCUGCAACAAGAUGCUGCCCAGGCCGCCGAAUUAGACAGAAGACAGAAGGAGAUCGAUAGAUUGACGCGAAUGGUGCAAGAGUUGAGAAAUGAAAACACGAGAUUGAAAAAGCAAAGCAUGGGCACUACUCGUCGCCGACAGUCUGUGCCCAUUUCGUCGCUCUCCAGAUGUUUCAGUGGAGGGACAUACGGCUCAGCAUCCAAUAUCUUCUCACAAGGGCCUUCGACAUUCAAUCCUCCCUCUUCCGUUUUUCACCAUGAGCGUCAUAGCAUCGAUUUCGGUACGUUGCAUCGCGUCAACGGUACAUCGCCCCAUCCAAACAGUAUCAAGCCAGACGUGGUCAACAUCGGCGACUGGAGUAGCGAAGAUGAUACGAUUCAUGGGACAACUGAUUUGAGCGAUGGGGACAGGAACGUGACCUCACCUAUGGUUCCUUAUACUUCAGUCUUACCGACCAAUCCGAAUCUAACGCGUGAACGAGAACGUUAUAUACCCGUGUCGCGACCUAGAAAACGUUCUCUUCAGGAGGUCAGUGACGGUGACGACGAGGACCGAUCUAGAUUUGAAUUUCCUCAUCUCAAGAAAACAAAGGACAGCUCCGGAGCACCAUCCUUGUUUUCACUUCCACCAACAGACAAUGUAUUCAAGAUGUCUCCCACUAUCACAAAACCGAUCGCUACAAUGAGUACAUUAGACCUCAGUCCUAAGCAAUCAUCUCGGAGCAUCCUGGAUCCCACCAUCCCGCUCACGUCUUUUUUACCAAAGACCAUGCUGACGAAUGCGAAAGAUCAUUCAUCAAGUUUCUUCGAGCCCUACUCUCCGCACUCACCGUCAAUAUCGCCGGUUGCUUCCCAUCGAUACCCCGUAGGUGAUGACACGUUCGAAAAUGCGGCUCAAAUUCGGAAAAGUAGCACGAGUGGAAGUAGUGACAUCAGUAUUGCCAACUCGACAUACUCUACAUCAGAUCUUCAAUACGAGUAUCCGCCUUACUUUUCUCAUUUUAUGCCAUUGCAGCCUAUGGGCAUAUCUCCUCAGGAUGUCUUAGGACUCAAGUCAUCCAACCCUUGGAGCUUUGUUUCAGCCACUCAAGAGAGCCCUCAAAACCCUCACUCAUCUUAUCAGGUGCCUGGAUCUUACUUUGGCUUCGAAUCUCGCUCUUCUACACAGCCUGAGGCUUCAACAAUCUCAUCUGCCUUUGAUCCUUCGAUCAACUCCAUUCAUCCAGAAAGUUCACUUCCAUCUUAA